AUGGCUAAAAAAUGGAGAAGGAAAAAUAACAUCAAUGAAGCAUCAAGAAUUGAUUUCUUUUUAACCUGUCCUGAAAUACGAACUCAAAUAGAAUCAACAGACAUAAGACCAGCCAUUAUAACCCAUACAGAUCAUCAAGCAAUAUCUCUUAUGAUGAAAUGUAGAUCACAACACAAAGGAAAAGGAUAUUUUAAAAAAAAUAACUGUGUUUUAGAAAAUAAUGAGUAUCAAAACAUAGUUAAGAAACUUAUAAAACAGUAUGAAUGUACAGUAUUACUAACCAAUGACAUUGGACUUCAAUGGGAUCUCUUUAAAACAGAGAUUCGAGACUAUACUAUAGCAUUCUGUAAAAGGAAAGCACAAAACAAUGGUAAUUCGCCUUUGCAUCAAGCUGCAAGUAGAGGAGAAGAGAAUAUGGUUAAAGCUUUGGUAGGUCUUGGAGCCAAUGUGUCAGCUGUUAAUAUAGAGGGAGCUAGUCCUCUUCACAAAGCAGCAAUGCAAGGAAGUGUUAACAUCACAGAUAUUUUGAUUCGCAAUACCGCCACAGUCAAUGUUACUGACAGUAAUGGAACAACUCCUCUUCAUCAUGCAGCAAUGGAAGGAAAUAUAAAACUCACAGAACUUUUGAUCAGGAAUAAUGCUGAUGUGAAUGCUACUGACAAUGUGGGAACAACUCCUCUUCAUCAUGCAGCAAUGGAAGGAAAUAUAAAACUCACAGAACUUUUGAUCAGGAAUAAUGCUGAUGUGAAUGCUACUGACAAUGUGGGAACAACUCCUCUUCAUCAUGCAGCAAUGGAAGGAAAUAUAAAACUCACAGAACUUUUGAUCAGGAAUAAUGCUGAUGUGAAUGCUACUGACAAUGUGAUGGUAGAUGAAUACUAG